AUGAAAACAUUAAUUUUUAUUGUUUUUUUCCUGUUCGUUACACCAGUGAAUCUCACAGAUGCCUUGAGAAACCAAGUGGAAUCCAACGAAGUAAUAAUGAAUUUCCCCGAGCUAGCAAAAUUGCAAGGACAUCCAUGUGAGGAACAUGACGUUAUUACCCAAGAUGGGUACGUUUUGAAACUCUUUCACAUUCCUGGUAAAAGGGGACUACCAAUUCUUCUCAUGCACGGCAUUCUAGACUCUUCAGACACUUGGAUUAUUAAAGGCAAGAAAUCUUUGGCUGUCGCCUUGGCUAACACCGGCCACGACAUUUGGUUGGGCAAUUGCAGGGGAAAUCAUUACUCCCGGCGUCACGUCUCAUUAAAUCCCGAUCUGGAUGACAUUUUCUGGGAUUUCAGUUUCCGCGAGCAUGGCUACCACGACCUUCCUGCAUUGAUCGACACUAUUUUGAAUAACACUGGUGCGACGAAACUGAAUGCGAUUGGUCAUUCCCAAGGAAAUAGUAUUUUCUACGUACUAGGAGCAACUAGACCCGAAUAUAACGAAAGGGUAAAUUUAUUGAUUGCACUAGCACCGGUCUCAUUCCUGCAUCACAUGGGACAUCCGUGGGGUCCAGUGGUCAAGCUCAUUCCUGAAAUGGGUUCCUAUUUCAAAUCGCACGGCAUAGUUGAGAUCCUAAAUCAAAGGUCGCUGUUUUAUAAAUUGCUGAAGUUUUUGUGCCAUCAACCAAUUGGUUAUGCGAUAUGCGUUCAGGGAGUAAUAUUUACAUUUUUCGGAAAAGAUAUUGAGGAGCUCCCGCCUGCUGUAUGGCCCAUAAUAUUCCGGCACGUCCCUGACAGCACCUCCAUAAAGAAUUUAAUUCAUUACGGACAAGUGACACGGACCAAAAGGUUUUCGCAUUUUGAUUACGGCGUAAAGAAGAACCUGGUUUUGUACAACUCAAGUUCACCGCCAGAGUAUGACCACAGUAGAGUGGGUAUGAGGGUAGUAUUGCUAGCUGCUGAGAACGACAUGGUCUGCAGGCCGAACGACGUCGCGAUCCUCAGACGGAAACUGCCGAAUGUGGUGCGUUAUGCCGUAAUAAAUAGAACUGAAUACAGUCAUUUGGACUUCGUGUGGGCCGAGAAUAACCAUAUAUAUCUAUUUCCCUUAGUAUUUGAUAUGCUAAAAAACUAUGACUUAUAA